UGCACUCGAUGCAGUGCAAGCAAUCGUUGGAAACCGUUCUUGUCCUGCAGACCGCAACCAACCAACCUCUAUUGAGCCAACACGCGGCGCACACCGUCGACUACGAUAGAAUGAAAGUCCAGCGGAAGUCGAUUCAUCGAUGACGUCAUUGACAUAUUUUCAGCACAGGACAACGGUCCCCAACCUUUUUUGUUUCACGCGAAGACAUAUUUCGAAGGACAGGCCUCACUGCGAUCAGAAUGGCCCAAGCUAGCCGGGCUAGCCGCUAUUCUCAUCCACCGUCAGCUUAUUUCCGCACUCUCAGACUCGCGCAGACGUAUGAAGACCGUGUCGCCUCGUUGGCCAAACAUUUCGCUCCGUUACAGUCUGGCGACGGGUGUAUAAAAAAAAAUCCUCUGUAAAGUGGCAGAUUGGAAAAAGAGAUUCCAAAAAAACAGAUUAGCGAUAAAUUGAUUGAAACUGUCAAACGUCGACGCGCGAUAGUAAAGUCGACUAAUCGUUUCAAUGGCUACGGCACGCCACCAAAGAAAAAUGUCACAAAAACGAGGAAUACUGUGACAAUUGACGCCGUGAAAUGUGGCCCGUUUUAUUGAACACAAAGAUUUACUCCAAGGGAAGCAAUCAUUUAUUCUGAUGCAUAAAAUGGCGGAUGGACAGGUGGAUGCACAGGUUAACUCUCGGACCUUCUGCCAUUUAAUUGCUCUGCGUGUCACAAUAUGUCGUCGGCAUAGACGGACGAACAAAGGCCGCGUUUGAAAUGUGUUUUCAGGGGAAAAAAAACGGGAUCAUUUCCGACGCCACCGCUGAUGAUCUCUUCCGGGAAUCACUGCUACACGUUCACACGCCAGGUUUGCUUUGAAACAAGUGGGGGGAAAACACAAACAACCCCGUGCACGAAGACCUUCUUCACAUACUGAAUUUUGUGUGUCUCUCUAAAUUAGCCAUUCGUAUAAAAACACAUUUCUUAAAAACAAAAGAGGCGACGAAGGCAGCCGAUGUGGCUCAAAUAAAACAAAGUUGAACAGUUCGUGUGGAGAGACGAAAAAUCUUGCUCGGUGAAAACUGAUCAUUCAUUUGAGGCGAACCCAUAAAAACAAGGUCAGCACAACUUCUGCUCGUUGAAUAUGAAUGCAGAAAAAUCACCAAAUGUUUGGGAACAAAGCACGUUUGCGUGCAGAGGUUUGACUGCAUUUGUGAAUACGAGAUGAUAUCUUACAAAUGCCAAUCAACAUUAAGAAUCGGACAGUUAAGGACGUAAGCGACGCUCGCGUCGAGCGCGUGUGCGUGUGAGUGUGCGUGUUAAGGCAACGGGAGGGGGUGAUAUGCAGCAGCCUCCCGGUUGGCGCGGUCUUGCACACAGCAGCAGCAUCGCUACGAGGCGCAGCAUCAUCGGCGCCAUCGUCAGCAGCCCAGACGUUCGCUUUGGAAUACCGGGAAGGUUCCGUCAUCACCCGUCGCUGCCGCCCGCCGCUUCCCGACACACACGCAUGCGCGCACGGACGCUCCCCGCACGGAAAGGAUGGCACGGGCCGAGCGACAGCCGCGGCCGAGUCGCCAGCACCGAGCACCGCUCCGUCCCAGUGCAGGCGGCGCGGCCCGGACGAGCUGAUCCCGCGGAAAGCGAGAGGUAGAGGGAGGGCGGGGAGGAGGAGGACGCCGGGAGGACAGACGCACACGGGACUAAUUUGGGGGCUUUUCAUCCCUCCCGCAAACAGAGCGUCCAAAUGAAUCCCAUGACUCAGCUCUACUACAAGAAGGCGACGUACUCACCGUACCGCGACCGCAUCCCGCUGCAGAUCGUGCGGGCCGAGGUGGAGUUGUCGGCGGAGGAACGCGGCUACCUCACGGCGGUGGAGAAGGGCGACUACGCGGGCGUCAAACAUGCGCUCCGCGAGGCGGAGGUCUACUACAACAUGGACGUCAACUGUCUGGACCCGCUGGGCCGCAGCGCGCUGCUCAUCGCUAUCGAGAACGAGAACCUGGAGAUCAUGGAGCUCCUGCUGGACCACGGCAUUCACACGGGCGACGCCCUGCUCUACGCCAUCAGGAAGGAGGUGGUGGGCGCUGUGGAGCUGCUGCUGUCGCACCGGCGGCCCAGCGGCGAGAAACAGGUUCCCUCGCUGAUGAUGGACAGCCAGUUUUCAGAGUUCACCCCCGACAUAACUCCCAUCAUGCUCGCUGCUCACACCAACAACUACGAGAUCAUCAAGCUGCUAGUGCAGAGGAAGGUCACCAUUCCUAGGCCGCACCAGAUCCGAUGCGACUGCGUGGAGUGCGUCUCCAGUUCAGAGGUGGACAGCCUGCGGCACUCGCGCUCUCGACUGAACAUCUACAAGGCCUUGGCGUCGCCCUCGCUCAUCGCGCUGUCCAGCGAGGAUCCGAUUCUGACGGCCUUCAGACUGGGCUGGGAACUGAAAGAACUCAGCAAGGUGGAGAACGAGUUCCGUCAGGAGUACGAGGAGCUGUCGCAGCAGUGCAAACGUUUUGCCAAAGAUCUCCUGGACCAGGCUAGGAGUUCCAGAGAGCUGGAGACCAUCCUGAACCACCGCGACAACGACCAGAGCGAGGAGCUGGACCCGCGACAGUGCCACGACCUGGCCAAGCUCAAACUGGCCAUCAAAUACCACCAAAAAGAGUUUGUGGCGCAGCCAAACUGCCAGCAGCUGCUGGCCACCCUGUGGUACGACGGCUUCCCGGGCUGGCGGCGGCGCCACUGGGUGGUCAAGCUGGUCACCUGCUUCAUCAUCGGACUCCUGUUUCCCAUCUUCUCAUUGAUCUACCUGCUGGCUCCCAAAGGCGCGCUGGGACGCUUCAUCAAGAAGCCCUUCAUCAAGUUCAUCUGUCACACGGCGUCCUAUCUGACCUUCCUCUUCCUGCUCUUGCUGGCCUCGCAGCACAUCGCCCGCACCAACCUGCACAUGCAGGGGCCGCCGCCCACCAUCGUGGAGUGGAUGAUUCUGCCGUGGGUGCUGGGAUUCAUCUGGGCAGAGAUAAAGGAAAUGUGGGACGGGGGGUUCACAGAGUACAUCCACGACUGGUGGAACCUGAUGGACUUCGCCAUGAACUCCCUCUACCUGGCCACCAUUUCCCUGAAGAUAGUGGCCUACGUUAAGUACAACUCGUCUCGGCCCAGGGAGGAGUGGGAGAUGUGGCACCCGACGCUAAUAGCCGAGGCUCUGUUCGCCAUCGCCAACAUCUUCAGCUCGCUGAGACUCAUCUCGCUCUUCACUGCCAACUCGCACCUCGGGCCCUUGCAGAUCUCGCUGGGGAGGAUGCUGCUUGACAUCCUCAAGUUCCUCUUCAUCUACUGCCUGGUGCUGCUUGCGUUCGCCAACGGCCUGAACCAGCUGUACUUCUACUAUGAGACCACGGCCUCAGAGGAGCCCAACAACUGCAAGGGCAUCCGCUGCGAACGGCAGAACAACGCGUUCUCAACGCUCUUUGAGACUCUGCAGUCGCUCUUCUGGUCAAUAUUUGGUCUGCUCAACCUCUACGUCACCAACGUGAAGGCUCGCCACGAGUUUACAGAGUUCGUGGGAGCCACCAUGUUCGGGACAUACAAUGUGAUCUCGCUAGUGGUGCUCCUCAACAUGCUCAUCGCCAUGAUGAACAACUCGUACCAGCUCAUUGCUGACCACGCCGACAUCGAGUGGAAGUUCGCUCGCACCAAGCUGUGGAUGAGCUACUUUGACGAGGGAGGAACACUUCCGCCUCCUUUCAACAUCGUUCCCAGCCCCAAGUCCAUCUGGUACCUGCUCAUGUGGCUCCACAACAAGUUGUGUGGCCGAGGCCAGCCGCCCGGGGUGGACCCGCACAAGUGCGAGAACCUGCGAGAGUUCACGGAGCGUCACGCCGACAGUCUGAUACAGAACCAGCAUUACCAGGAAGUGAUCCGGAACCUGGUGAAGAGGUACGUUGCCGCCAUGAUCCGCAGCGCCAAGACGGACGAGGGCCUGACGGAGGAGAACUUUAAGGAGCUGAAGCAGGACAUCUCCAGUUUCCGCUACGAGGUCCUGGAUCUCCUUGGCAACCGGCGUCCUCCUCGUCGACACUACUCCUCCUCCAGCGACAUGGCGCGAGACGACGGGGGCGUGGCCUCGGAGGACGACAGUGAGCCGUGCGACACCGUCCAGAGGUCGAAGGGCGUGACCUUCACUGUGCCACUGGAGGUGGACGACAGCCGGCCGGCACCCACGCUCGGCGUCUCCGCCUUGGUGCGCUCCAUUUCCGGGCUGAGCCGGGUGGAGCAAGAGGGCGAGGCGGGGGAGGAGCAAGGCGUGGGCUGGGGGGGGGAGGGGGAAGAGAAACCAAAGAGCAACGGGCUGAAGACUGCAACGGUCCCGCUUUCCGCCACCAGUGCCCUGCCCUCGUCCUCCUCCUCGUCUUCGUCGUUCUCCUCCUCGCUCUCCACCUCGCUGGCUCGCACCAAAAGCCGCCUGCAGCGUCUGUCGGCGCCGGCGGCCAACACCGACUCCUUCAAGCGCCUCUCCUUCCUCUUCUCCCGCUCCAAACGCUCACCCCUGCCCCUCCAAUCCCCGCCCUCCUACACCAUCUCCGACGGGCUGCUUCUCCCGCAGGGGGGUCACUCGGACUUGGGACUGGGCCGUGUGACCAAAAGCGAGACCCGUCUGAAUGAGGUGGGCCUCUCGGUGGACGCCAACAGCUCCUCCUUCUCGCCGCGGAGAACAAACGGACGCGACGCGCUCCUGACGCUCCCUCCCCCUGCCCCUUGUCCGUGCCAGUCGCUGCACUGUGCGUCCAACAUGUCAGAGUCCAGCGCACGGCUCCUGGACUCCAGCGAAGACCUUUUCCAGGGCGGUGGCGUGGAGGCGGCGGGUGGCGGCGGGGUGGUGAUGAUGAUGGGCGGGUGGGUUGGACCCUGUGAUGAUGUCAUCGAGGACAGCUGCGAGGUCAUCGAGGACUCUGUCAGCACGCAACUAUAGAACCACGUUUAGCCGGCCCGACUUUUUGGUCGCUUCAACACAUUGCACAGGGAUGAAGUCCGACACCCGAGGCUGGAUUUACACUGCGGGUCGAAGUGCCCAGUUCUUUCUAUUUACCAGUGACACACAUCCUAUAUCACUGUGUUUACAUAUAUUGAACUCAUGAAACAAUCCGCAUGCGCACACUUCUUGACUUGCACGUUCACGCCUACGCUAGCGUCAAUGGCACACCUCAAAUGUACAGUACAUAUUUACACCAUAUUCCAUGUUCUAUACAGCUCUAAUGUACGCCAUAUUUAAUCUAUUCUUUUGCUGUUGUU